GCGCCGGGACGACGCGGCCGGCUCCGGAGCCCUUUGUGAGGGCUGCGGGAGCGCCGGACGGCGGCACCAUGAGCGGUGCGGACGGAACGGCUGGGGCGUCCGUGAGCUCGGCGCCGCCCGAGCAGGAGGAGGGCGUGACAUGGUGGUACCGCUGGCUGUGUCGCCUGUCGGGGGUGUUAGGGGCCGUCUCUUGCGCCAUCUCCGGCUUCUUCAACUGCAUUACCAUCCACCCUCUGAACAUCGCGGCCGGCGUGUGGAUGAUCAUGAACGCGUUCGUCCUGCUGCUGUGCGAGGCGCCCUUCUGCUGCCAGUUCAUCGAGUUUGCGAACACGGUGGCAGCGAAGGUGGACCAGCUGCGCUCCUGGCAGAAGGCCGUCUUCUACUGCGGUACAAGUCAGGCUGUGAUGAACAUCUCGGUGCUAAAACUUUCUGUGUUGAUGAUGAUUUCCUUAGGAUCUAUUUCCAGGAUGGCCAUCGUUCCCAUCAUCAUCAGCCUGACCCUGACCACACUGCUGGGCAACGCCAUCGCCUUCGCCACCGGAGUGCUGUACGGACUGUCUGCUCUGGGCAAGAAGGGCGACGCGAUCUCCUACGCCAGGAUCCAGCAGCAGAAGCAGCAGGCGGACGAGGAGAAGCUCACGGACACCCUGGAGGGGGAGCUGUGAUGUGGUCGGGGGGCCCUCCCGCCCCCCCGUCGGCCCUCUGGUCUGUGUGAGCACGUCCCCAAGGCGCACUGACCCUGAGGGGCAGCCUGGAAGAGGAGCCUGUGUCCAGCUCCCUCAGUCCCUCUCACCUGUCCCCGCACCUGG